AGUAGCGGCGCGGAACGCGCGGUGAGUGAGGUGGGAUCGUGGGGCUGGUGGCUGGAGAACCUGGUUCCCGCGGAACAUCCCGGGAGGGUUCGGGGAGUGCGCGGGGAGUCAUCAUCCAGGGACCUGCCAGAGACCACAAGAAAACAUGGGGAAGAUUUUCCUCACAGGAGAAAAAGCCAAUUCAGUAUUGAAACGCUACCCAAGAGCGAAUGGACUUUUUGAAGAAAUAAGACAGGGCAACAUUGAUCGUGAGUGCAAGGAAGAAAUCUGCACAUUUGAAGAAGCAAGAGAAGCUUUUGAAAAUACGGAGAAAACCAAGGAAUUUUGGAACACCUACACAAAAGCACAACAAGGAGAGAGUAACAGAGGAAGUGACUGGUUUCAGUUUUACCUUACCUUUCCAUUAAUCUUUGGCCUCUUUAUUAUCCUUCUGGUCAUUUUUCUAAUUUGGAGAUGCUUCCUCAGAAACAAAACCCGCAGACAGACAGUAACUGAAGGCCACAUUCCUUUCCCACAGCACCUUAAUAUCAUCACUCCGCCUCCCCCACCAGACGAAGUGUUUGAUAGCAGUGGAUUGUCACCAGGCUUUCUGGAAUAUGUAGUUGGGCGCUCAGAUUCCGUCUCCACUCGUCUAUCCAACUGUGAUCCCCCACCCACCUACGAGGAAGCCACUGGCCAGGUGAACCUCCGGAGGAGUGAAACAGAACCUCACUUAGACCCACCCCCAGAGUAUGAGGACAUCAUUAAUUCCAACUCAGCCAGUGCCAUUGCUAUGGUGCCUGUGGUCACCACCAUCAAAUGAAACUGCAACUUUCUUUUUACUAUAAUCAUUUUUAAAAUACUAAUGAAAGAACUUUCUAGCACUUUACCACUACAUAAAUGUGCAUUGACUUAUUUUAUCAGACUCUGACAGCAUACCACU